AGUUUUAGAUUGAAAAUUUUCCUGGUUUUGUCUGCAUAGUUACCGCUCCGUUAUUUUUUAUGCUAAUUUAAUGCUGGUUGCUGUGUUCACCCACAGGUUUUCAUCAGAAUUUCGGGUGUUGUUGUUCGGCGUUUUUUCAAUUUUCGCAAUUUCGUAGCUUUAUGUAUCGCAAGUGGGCGAAGCUCAGCUUCGCCUCUGUGUAAAAAUUUAAAACGUAAUUUUUGAUAAAAGUUUUGGGAAGAAGAACACUGCCCUGCGGUACGAUUUUGGUAACAACGACACCAGGCUCAGAUAGUGUGUCAUCGGUUGUAACUCGUUGCGCUCUUCAUUAAAAGUAAGAACUCAUCUGACUAAAAAUUUCUACAUAUUUUCAAUGUUUCUCAGAAACAGUGUCAAAAGAUUUAUGAAAGUCAAAUUAAACAAUUGAAUUGGCUAUGCUUGCAUCAUGAUCAAAACAAAGUGAGUCUAGGUUCAUAAAAAUUGCUUGUUGAACGUCUCGUUAAAUCAAAGGUAGUUUUAAAAAAAAGUUUUCAUUUAAGCCGUGAAAAGUAUAGUUUAAAGUAUAGUUUUCGUUUUUCCUCUCAUUACACCACCCUUAAAAACGGCGCAAAUUAGAAAAAAUAUAUAUUUUUUAAAGGUUUUUACGGAUGUGUCCGGAGUUAUCUCUACAACUUGUCCGGCAACCAGCUACUCUUAAUUAAACAAGAACCUCGUAAUUAGUGUGUUAUAGUUGAGUUUAAAUUUUUCCAAUCCAAAUUUCCUGUUGACCUCAUUUUUUCUGCCGGCCGAUUCUUCUUCCUAGGAUGGAAAUUGUCUCUUUAUGCAUUUUUUAUCUUACUUCUAGCAUUUGUAAUUGUUUUCAGAAUCUGCAAUGUAAUUGAAAAACGGCGUUACAAUAAUGACUGAUUCGGGUGAUUGCAACGGAUCAGCUGCCAAUUCUGCUGAGGAGAACAGUUUAGCUGCUCCUGUCGAAGGAGAUGCUGCAAAAAAUGCAGAGACAAAAAAUGAGACUAAAAAAGCGGAAGUUGAAAAGAUUCCAGUGUCUGAAGUGAAUAUGGAGACUAAUGGCGACGCUUCCAACCAUGUGUCAACUCCAGUUAGCUCAGUCAUCUCGGUUGAAGCGAAAGAACAAAAUCUCAGCAAGCUUGGAGUGGAGAGCUCGCUUAAAAUAGCAAGCGAGGCUUCUGAAAUUACCAAACUUCUUGCGUCUGACAGUGGACAGAACAGCAAUAGAAGAGCUUCUGCUAUAAGCACAGAAGCCAAGUCGCCUUUGACAAGGUCUAAUUCGGGCAAUGAGGAAGUUUUGACGAUAGAUGAAGAGCCGUCUGUUUCGGAACCCAAAGCAGAUGUUUCGAAGCCAGUUUUGACGAAGCCAGUGUUGAAGCCAAUCUCAGUAGACACGUCAUCAACCAGUUCAAGUUCUUCUGUGAAUACUCGCAACAGUUCUAGUAGAGGAGGAGGGAGUUUGAAAACAGGGCCCAAAUCAGCGCCUUCUGAGACACUAGCAGCGUCCAGAUCUAAAAGAGCCAGGGUUCCAGUGCGUCAUUUUGAAUUCGAGGAUCUGGAAGAAGUGGAACCAGAGGUAAUUCCUCAGCCGGCGCAGCCGUCGGCUAAAAGCGCACCUGCGAAGACUCGACCAAAAAAAUCACCUACUGCAUCAUCCUCAAAUGCUAAAGAAACUCUUUUUGACAAAGGAGAUUACUGCACGGUGAGAUCUGAUCUGCAAGGCGAAAACUUCUACUUGUGUCUUUUGUGUCAAAAUGUGUAUCCAAAUACAAAGUCGAAUGUUUCCAUUCGCUGGUUAGAAAUUGAAAAGAGUCCCAACCAGUAUAAAUGGUCUUUCCCUGACAGAAUAGACAAGGGAUGUAUUCUGACUAACGUCAAUGUGGACAGUCUGGGAAAAGACAGGAUCAUUUUGCCCAACAGUGAGAUCAUGAGGUCCAUCUACGUUCUGAAAAAGUCGAUCCAAUCUGAAAAGGGGGAAAAAGUCAGUUUAGAGUUGCCGCCUCAGCCAAGCGGGGAAGCGAAGGAAGAGGUUCCUGAUUUGAAGCCAACUGCAAAUGAGAAACGAGGCUCUGCUAAAAAUCAAACCGCCCAGAAAACCCCAGCCCCUUUGAAGAGAAACAGGGAGCGGAGUUUAAGUUCGGUCGAAAGUAGCGAACAGUUUUCGGAUGCCAGCGAUGACUACGUGGCUCCAAAGUCGAAAACACGAGGUGGCUCAGUAAAGAGCUCGGGAGGAGCUGGAAAACGAGGGCGACCGACUCGUAAUCAAAUUGCGGUUGCAGACCGACAAAAAGUAAAAGGACUUCAAUUGGACGUGGACGAAGAGUUCAGUCCUAGUGUGGAGAGAAAGACGCGCGGCGGAGCCUGUCGGAGUACGCCGACGAAAGCGCAAAGUCCAGGCAGUUCUGGGCAGGAGUUGGAGAAAACACUGUCGCCGAUUAAAAGUCCGAUCAGAAGUGCACGAGAAAACUUUGCGGCCAGAAUCAAAGUGAACCCGAAUGACCUCUUCUACGACAGCAAGUAUGUGUUCGAUGUAGGAGACAGUAACUUCAAGGCUAAACAGCUGAUUCGAUUGGUCUCUUUUGGAGAUAUGGAUGUGCUGAAGAAGUUCCUGGCCGACCCGAAAAUAGAUUCUGCAUGUUGUGGAAGGAGUAAAGAUUGCAGAGAAGGGCCCUUUGAAACUGCCGCUCUUAAUGAUGACGUCACCAGUUUAGUCCUACUAAUGGACAAAAAUGCGGAAAUCAAUAAAACGAAGCCCUGGAAGAGUUGUUUGUUGGACGAUGAUGACUUCUUGAGUGAAGACCUGUUUCUGAAGCAGAGACAGUUCCCUAGCGAUUCAUUUUUCGAAGAUCUCAUGAAGAUGGAACCGGAACCGUUCAACGUCAUUGACUUUUUGGUCUCAAAAGGCCACGUCAGUUCCCUGCACAAGUUUGCUCACGUUGCCCUCAAAAACGGGAAUCACAAAACUGCACUUCAUGUAUUAAAAAUAGGAAAUUCGGCCAGUAAUGACCAAGUUGUGCGAGUGUUGGAAGAGUUUACGGAAUCGAAUCUAGAAUCAGUCUUAGCUUCUGAAGGUUUCACAUGUUCAAGUCUCAGUUUCAAUGUUAUCCAUGCGGCAGCUGCUUCUAGUAAUAGUAUCUAUUUCGCAAAAAUUCUAGAAAAAUACCCUAGUUUUGUUUAUCACACUGAUGAACAAGGUUGGUAUCCGUUCCAUUAUGCUGCAGUCUGCAAAAGUGCAACCAAUCUAGACUUGUUAUGUAAUAGUGUCGGUUCAAGUUUGAACUAUUACGUAACACGGACUGAAGACCUAACUCCUUUGAUGGUGGCUUGCAAGACGAACAGAGUGAAGAACGUGCAGACAUUGUUGAAUGUGACGGACUCCAUGCAGCAGCAAAAGCUGAUUGAGAGUGCGAAUUUGGACGGGAAGACGUGUGUUCAUUUAGCAGCCGAGUCAGGUAGUUUGGAAGUUUUAGAGAUACUCUUACCUCUAUGCUUUGACACUGAUAUUACGACAGGCUCCAAACAUGGACUCUUAACUGCACUGAUGUUAGCAGCUUCUGCAGGCCAUUUUAAAUGUUGUGAGUUGUUAGUGAGCAGGAAAAGUGAUGUUAAUUUGCAAGACUCAGUGGGCAGAAGUGCGUUGUCACAUGCUAUAAUUAAUGGGUUCCAAAAUAUAGCGAGUCUGUUGAUUUGUAGUGGGGCCAACCCUACCAUUGUGGAUGUGAAUGGUAACUCGCUAGUACACUACGCCUCUUGCUAUGGCUGGUCGCAUUGUCUGAUGUUGCUAAUAGACAUCGGUCUGUCUCUUAGUUUACCUGUCAAUCACGAUGGACUGAAUGCCAUGUUCGCGUCUGUCCUAAAGGGCAACUUCGCCCUCGCCACUCGGCUUCUCUACUCGAAAGAAGUGGACAUCAAUGCAAAAUGUGCGCCAUUCAGUCGAACAAUCCUUCAAGUGGUUUGUGCCAGUGAAAAGAAUGUGCGCAUAAUAAAAGAGACGGUCGCCUUUCUCAUCAAAUUGGCAGUUAAACCAAAUUGUAAGCUACUGGAUUCUAGUAACUUAAGUGCCCUACAUCUGAUAGCACAGAAAAGUGAAUUGAAUAAUGAAGAAAAAUCCGUUACUGUCGAUAUUGCGAAACUGAUUUUGGAAGGUGGCGCUGAUUUGAAUAUGUCUUCUUACUCGCCUUUCGUGGAUCCGCCUUUGUCUUUUGCUCUUUCCUCUGGAAACGUUCCUCUGGCUAAAUUGUUUCUGGAAAAUUCCAGAACUUUCCUCUCUGGAGCUGAAUUGGAAAAUGGGACUAAUGUUUUGCACCUAAUUAUGCAGCAUGCGUGUGUUGCGAAUGUCGAGGAGCUGCUCUUGAAGAUUCCUUCAAAUCUUUGCGCGAACGAAGAUUUUUCGAAACAGGUUGCUAAUAAUGGGCGUACUCCCUUGGGAGAAUUUCUGAAUUGUCUGAAAGCGAAUGCUGAAAACUUUGAAAAAUUUGAACAGGGUCUGAAAACUUUGAUUCAAUAUUUAGUGACAUUCUCAAAAUGCAACAUUUUGAUAGGAAAGGACGGUCUUGACGCGCUGCAACGGGCGUGUGAGAUAUCUUCUCUUGGCUCCUUGAAGCAAUCAACUUCAUUGGUGAAAACACUCCUUGAGAAUGAUGUUAGUCCGAAUGAGAAGUUGGAUGGAGUGAACGCUUUGCACGUUGCUCUUGCUCACAACUGUCCUCUAUCUGUGGUUGAAUUGGUAGCUACUCAUACAGCUGAUCUCAACAUGCAGGUGUCCAAGAAUUCGAAACUAGGGUCAAAUUUUGAUGAUAUGACACCUGUUAUGAUGGCGUGUCGAAUUGAAAACGUGGACAUUCUUGAAUUGCUUCUAACUAAAUCAGUCGAUCUAAACAUUCGGACUGAAAGACUUCAAAAAUCUGUUUUGCACGUUCUUGUUGAGAACAUUCAAACAGCUAAAGGUUUGAUGUGCCUCGAAAAGUUAAUAGCCAAAGUACCUGAUCUGAAUAUUGUUGACAAAGAAGGCGAAUCAGUGCUGCAUUAUGCGGUAAGACUGAAUUUGGCGCUGACUGUUGACAGUUGUAAGAUGCUCCUGAAAGCAGGAUGUUCGGCUCUGAUUCAAAACUCAGAAGGAAAAACUCCAUUGCAUGUUCUCUUUUCCUGCAAUCGGGAAGACGAGAAUGAAUCAGCACUAUCCUCGACCACAUUCGACCCUCUGGAACUUCUGCUCCUGUUUCUGGAGAACUCCAGUGCCAGUUUCGCACCCAUGGAUAGAAACGGAUGCACAGUUAUGCACUAUAUAGCCGGUAAAGGGUCUUCAUUGUGUGGCCAGGUGAUCAAAGAUCUUGACAUCGCCCACCCUCCGGACGUGCAUGGAAAUACUGUUCUCUGUUACGCGUUAAUCAACAGAAAGGAAGACUGUGCAAUUGGCAUUCUGAAUAGCGACUUGAAUUUGGACCUGACUAUGCUGUAUGCCUACAUUCCGACUUCACUGGAUAGCAAUCCAGAUGUGGUUCCUUCGCUAUCUAAAUCUGAGUGUGGACUGAGAAAGAUUUCCGCUUUCAGUCUCAUCGCUCAUUUCAACAUGUGGAGAUUAUUUUUCUUGGCCGUUAAGAGGUUUGCAGCGACAGCUACAAACUCUUAUUUUCUCUCUCAAAUCAUCAGGAGUGGUCAAAUGAAAGCAGCUGCCGUUUUUCUCAACAACAUGCACCCUGAGUCUCUGGUUCCCGCAGCAGACACUGGUUUGACUCAGUUCCACGACAUGUCUCUCGCUUAUUUCCAGUCCUCAAGUGCGAACCAGACUUCGGAUUUGAUAGAGCAACUGUACGCCAAGUCGGUUAAAGUGCUAAAUGAAGACAAACCGAACAAUGUGUUGUGCUUUCAUUACGCCGCCUACUCGGCAAAUGUCUUGUUGCUUAAAUCUCUGCUGGAAAAGUUGGACUGUGAAAAAGUAGCUUUCGCAAAAGAUGAUUUCAGUAGAACUGUUUUGGCAGCCGCCCUGAUGUCGGGUGACUUGGAGACGGUCAAACUCUGCUACGAGAAGUUUUCCACGUCCAAGUUAACCGACAUAAUGAUUCGAUUUGGACCUGUAAGAGAUGUUAGCAAAACAGUGUAUGAGGCUUACAACUCGGACUCUGAAAUAAGCCUUUGCACACCGUUGAUUUAUUCCAUUCAGAAAAUUGAAGACUGCUCAGUGCUGAAAUUUUUGGUCAGCACCGGAUCUUUCGUUUUGAACAAAUGCGAUGAAAACAAGAAGAGCCCAAUUAUGCAUGCAGUAGCGUCUGGAAAUCUGGACAAGGUGAACUGUCUCCUAGAAAAGAAUUCGGCAUCAGCUGGGAACUUGGAAACGAAGAUUUGCUCUAAAAUUGAUUUGGCAACUGUAGACUCUCAAGGUCAGUGUGUAGCUCAUUGCGCAGUCCAAGCUGCGAUCAAUUUAGGAGUUGAAAAUGUUGAUAUUGUUGAUUGUCUAAUUUUGAAUGGCGUUAACUUCAACGAAGUCUCAGAUGGUUUUUCGAAAACGGCUUAUCAACUAGCUCUUGACAACAAGUUCUACAAACUGGCAGAUAGAAUGAGAAUUGGAAACCGAUGCAUGGUGCCGAAAGAUUUGAAGCCACCCGAGCUACCUAAAGUAGAAAUGAAGGAUCCAUUGGCCAUCAAUGAGUCGCCCGUUGACUUCGCAGCUAUCAGUGCUGAUAUGUUUGAGAAAUUUAAGACAACAUUUAGCCGACAAGACUUUGUAGCCGAAAUCGAUAAACACGUCGUCGCAAGUGUGGGAUGCAAAGCGGAGGUUGUGGUCGACAACGGGUUGCCGAUGGACGCGCGACUCAUCCGAGUGGAGACGGGAGAAGCCCCAAACCCUCGCGUGGUUUCUUUCUACUUCUACAAAAUGCAACUGGUGCAUGCUCCGAGCAGGAAUGGCUACUAUUUGCAUAUAAAUUCGGGCUUAGUCGGCAAACAGGAACCGACUCAAGUGCAGAGUCAAUUGAUUCAAAGCUUAGAGCAGGCAAAGAAGGAGUUUUCAAGACUGUUCAAAACGAAGACGGACAAUUUGUGGGACGCUUACAGGGAACAGAAGUUCGUGCUGAAACCGAGGAAAUACACUGUACUGAAAAGUGAUUAUUGUAGAAAAGUAAGCGUUGAGCCUAUCUCAGAUGAACUUUCGGCUCUGGCUACUGUAACGGCUGAGUCUGAAAUUGAGAAGUCAAAACCGGUCAUCUUUCAACUGAUUGAAGAAGUCUUGUCACAGACGGUUUUGAGUUUGGACUUUUUAUCAACGUCUGAUUCUGACUUCGCCGACUUUCGAUUUGAACUCUGCUCAACUUCAGAUGGGAUAAUUGAUAAGUUGAAAAAUGAAAUGAGUUCAAUGCAGAGUCUAGUUGAUGAACUUGAAGUGCAGCUAUCACUGAAAAGCCCCAACUGGUCUCAAGUGUUGACAACUUCGCACAAAAUGAACACUUUAUCUAAUGAAAUAUACUACAGCCUGCCUGUUUCCUUUGACCCAUGUAGUUUUCAGCCGUUUUAUACAAAGAAGGGAAUCAAGUUGCUUGCAGUGAUCAUUGAGUCAAUUCGAAACUUCCACAAAUAUUCUCAAGUCUUGUUAUCGAGCAUGGCCAAAAUGCAAAGUGAGAAAAUACAUCCUGUUGAUUUUGUACUGAAGAACUUAUCUCUUCAAAUUGUGCCCCUUCCUCAGGAAGAUGUAGUGGUUGAAAUGUUGAACCAAUGUGUGAACAAAGUAUCUAAAACUCACAGAAUGAAACAAGUAUUUGCUGUCAAUAGUACGCAAUCAAAGUCGCUUAUUGUAGAAAAUGAAAAGGAAAAAGAGCAAUCGGACUUGGAGCAGUAUAAGAAUCACAUGCUGUUAUGGUAUCCAAUGAGACACCGAAAUGUGAUGUCUCUGUUAACCGAAGGAGUUACCCGCAUAGUCGCCCAGGAACCCUUUCGGUUGAAUGAACCCUCUGCUCAAUUUACAGACUGCUCUCUUGAAGCAUUAAAGAAAGCAGUCCCAAUAAAAGAGUCAUUGUAUAUGGUAUUAUGUCAUGUGAACCUCGGCCGCAUGAUGCAUCAACCGGAGAAAACAUCUUACCACGAGUUUGUUAAACCCCCAAAUGUUGACAGCAUCUAUUGUUCGAAUAGCACAUCAGAACAUGUGGAGAUAUCGGAACAAACGAUUCCGGGAGGUGUCCGGUUCCGAGACGUGAAACUGAAAGACGAUCUCUCCUCUAAAGUAGAUCGAAUGCAAUUUUUCUCGGAAUACGCGGUAUUUGAUUGCGCAAGGGUAAAAUUGGCAUAUCUGGUACGUCUGGAAAAUGUGUAACAACUUUUGAGUCAUUUGAAACAGUGCCGAUGAAAAAAUACUCCGUUUUUUUUUAUUUCUAUAUCACAUGUAUAAUAUUGCACAUGUUCUUUAUUCUAUUUUCUUCUGUCAAAUCAGUUUUUUCUUGGCUCAUAAAGGGCAAUAAAACAUUGACGCCAAAAGUGGGCAAAAUCAUGUGGUGUGUUUAUCAAUAAAAAAUGGUUAAGAUUGUGGUUUGACAUGGUCUUUUUGUGUAUCGUUUUCCCAUUCAAUCAACUGUGUUCCAUUUUGGUUGUAUUUUAUGUUCGAAAUAAUAAUUGUGCGUUUAUACGAAUUUGAA